AUGGACGACGACAACAACGAGCAGCACCGCCUGACGGACGGCGUGUCUGUGGAGGCGUUCAAGACCUUCCUCGCAGACCUGCAGAGCGAGUUCCCCGGCACGUACACUGAGAUGACCACGGAGGAUGCCUGUAAGCAACUCGUGGUCCCACGCACCCAGCAGGACAACUGCGCGUACGUCGACCUGUUGCGCAAGCAGUCAUCACAUGAACAUGUGGGCAAGGCCACCGUGUUUGUGUCGCACGCCUGGCGAUACAAGAUCGCAGACGUGCUCAACGUCUUGCUGGAGUUUGCGGAAGAGCAAGCAGCGAAGGAAGACGGCCAGCCCGUGUUCUUCUGGUUUGAUCUCUUCAUGAACAACCAAAACGCCAACGUCACGGCCAACCUCCCACAAGAGUGGUGGAGCACGACGUUCAAGGAGUCGAUUGCCAACAUUGGGCGCGUGCUGCUGGUGCUCAUGCCGUGGCGUGACCCUAUGCCACUGACGCGCGCGUGGUGUCUGUGGGAGAUCUUCUGCGGCAUCAGCAGCGAGGGCACAGAGGUCAACAUCCGCCUGCCGAAGAGUGAAGAGAAGGAAUUGGAAGAGGCCAUCCGCGGCAACUUCGAGGCGGUGACCGACACGCUGGUGCGCGUGCAGGCCGAGCGGGCCGAGGCCUUCAACCCAUACGACAAGGACAUGAUCUUCAAGGCGAUUCAGGAUGGCGUUGGCUUUGCGGCACUCAACCAAGCAGUGAAGGACCAGCUGCGCGCGUGGUGUUUGGAGAAGGCGGUGGCUGCUGUGGAGGCGAUGCGUGCGCGUGGAGAAGACGAGACAGAGGCGUUUGCGGAGCUGUGCGGUCAAGUUGCAAGUGUGCUUGACCAGUUUGGCGAGUAUGCAAAGGCAGUUGAGUACUACAAGUUGGCGAAAGAGAUUUUCGUGAAGACAGUGGGCGAGAGACACCCAAAGACCGCGAGUGUGUAUGUGAACUUGGGCGUUUCAUUCGACAGCAUGGGCAACCACGAUCAAGCAAUAGAGUGGUACGAGAAGGCGAAGGACAACAGGGUGGAGGUGCUUGGGGAAAAGCAUGCCGGCACGGCACAAGUCUUGAACAACCUGGGUAACGUCUACGAUAGCAAGGGCGAGUACGACAAGGCGAUUGAACACUUUGAGGCAGCGAGAGCUACCUUUGCGGAGGCGCAGGGAGAAAUGCAUCCAGACACAGCAAGCACGUGCAGUAACCUGGGCAAGGCAUACUCCAGCAAGGGCGACUAUGACAAGGCAAUCGCGUACCAUGAGACAGCGAAAGAGAUCCAGUUGACACUGAGGGGGGACAAGCACCCAACUACAGCAGAAAGCUUCAACAAUUUGGGGAGUGCCUACCUCGACAAGGGCGAGUACGACAAGGCGAUUGAUUACUUUCACAGGGCGAGGGCGGUGUACGUGGAGACGCUGGGAAGGAUGCACCAGAGCACAGCGCACACAUGCCACAACCUUGGCGUCGCGUACAGAAUCAAGGGUGAGAGUGAGAAGGCGAUGGGGUGGUACGAGGAGGCAAAAGAAAUCAAGAUGCGCACAGUUGGGGAGACGCACGCGAGCACAGCACAGACCUGGAACGCGUUGGGCGCCAUCUACAACAGCAACGGCGAGCAUGACAAGGCGCUUGCAUACCACAAGAUGGCAAACCGCAUCUACACGGAGGCGCUCGGGGAGAAACACCCGGACACCGCAGACACCUAUGGCAGCCUGGGCAAUGUCUACAGCAGCAAGGGCCAGUACGACAAGUCGAUUGAGUUGUAUGAGAAGGCCAGGGCCAUCUACGUUGAAACCUUGGGGCCAGUUCAUCCACGCACAGCAGAGAUUCAAAACAGCCUGGGCAUCGCACACAGCAGCAACGGCGAGGUCACCAAGGCGAUUGAGGCCUUCGAAAAGGCGAGGGAGAUUGGCGUGGCGACAUUGGGAGAGGAGCACCCGAGCACAGCAAUGGCGUCCUUCAACAUCGGUCUACUGCACGACCAACACGGUGACAUGGAGCAGGCGUGCGCGUAUAUGCAGCAGGCACAUGGCGUGUUCGCCGCCACGCUCGGGGCAGACCAUCCCAACACACGCGCGGCUCAGGACAACCUGCAACGGAUGAGACAACACGUUGCUGACGCCGCACGCGCCGGUCCAGCGGCACCACCACAAGUUGUUCCCGGACACUCCAGCACACCGCCCCUUGCCGGGUGGUUGCAGAAGCGUGGGCGGUGGAGACGAGCCUGCCGCACGUGCUGGGUUUCCCUGGAUGACGAGGACCACUUGGUGUAUGGCAAGUCUGCAGAACGGCCGCCGAAGCGUCGCGUGCCGCUGUCCAGUGUGGUUUCCGUUGAGCUCGCCAGCGCGGGCCAGGAGCUGCGUGUUGCUGUUCCGGGCCGGACGUUUGUGUUCCGCGCACAUGCAAGCGCUGGGGCCACGCUUGAGGACUGGUGCGCCGCCAUUCGUCGUGGCAUGUGUGGGUGA